GUACUCAGUAACUUCUACCUUAACUUCCAUGGUACCUGAAUGCGUUAGUCAACCAAAUGAGAGUAGAUUACUUCCAACGGUGAAGCCUCCUUGCAAUGUCGGAAAAGAACUUACUUUCCUACGAUGAGUUCGCUGUGGGCUGGAUCUGUGCCCUGCCACUGGAGAUGGCUGCAGCUAAAGCAGUCCUCGACGAGGAAUACCCGAAUCCACAUUCAUCUAAGCACCAUCACAGCAUCUAUGUGCUCGGAAAGAUCUCCGGACACAAAGUGGUCAUCACAUGUCUCCCAUACGGGAUUAUUGGAACCACGGCGGCCACUGCGGUGGUCGACCAGAUGCUGUCCACUUUUCGGUCCAUCCGCUUUGGCCUCAUGGUCGGAAUCGGCGGAGGAGUCCCGUCUGCCGCCGAUGUCAGACUGGGGGAUGUGGUCGUAAGUAAGCCUACUGCCGGCCUUCCUGGGGUGAUACAGUACGAUUAUGGCAAGACGGUUGCUUCGGGACGCUUUGAGCAGACGGGGACACUCAACAAGCCGCCGUUGCUCCUUCUUUCCGCACUGUCGUCGCUGGAGGCAGAUCAUCUGGCGGGAGGCAGGAUCCAUGACACCUAUGAGAAGAUUAUUGCCAAUUCUCUGAGGGCUGUCAAGGAUCCGUCCGUGUUUGGGUAUCCAGGUGUUGACCAUGAUUGGCUCUUUGAUGCCUCCUAUGACCAUGAUCCUCGCUUCGCAUCGUGUGCACAGUGUGAUCCAGAACGACGGGUGAGACGCAAGCCUCGAGGCUCACGCACUCCGGUCGUACAUUAUGGCAACAUCGCGUCAGGCAAUCAGGUCAUGAAACAUGGCCUAACGCGCGAUCACAUAGCGCAGACAACACCAGGAAUCUUGUGUUUUGAAAUGGAGGCGGCCGGGAUCAUGGAUUACCUUUCGUGCCUCGUAAUCCGGGGCAUUUGUGAUUACUCGGACUCCCACAAGAACAAAGACUGGCAGGGGUGGGCGGCCUUGUCGGCCGCUGUCUAUUCGAAAAUGCUGUUGGCGAGGAUUCCUCCUCAUCGGGGUGAGGCAUCGACGCCGAUCAAAGCAGCUGGUCCAGGGACUAGUAUCGAUUCCUUUGACGUUCGCUUUGACACGAUUGAAAUGCCACAAGUUGCCAUUUCUGUGGGUCGGGCGGCAGAGCUGGAGAUGAUAUUGAAGAGUCUUCAUUCCGAACAAUUCCGGGGCAUUGUCAGCCUAUCGGGCAUGGGUGGAAUUGGGAAGACCCAAAUCGCGAUGAUGUACCUCAUGCGCCAGCGAGAAAAAUAUUCAUCUGUCUUCUGGAUCGAUGCUAGCAGCUUUGACAAGCUCUACUCCAGCUAUUCGCAAGCGGCAAGGCGGAUCCUGCUCGAUCAUCCAGCUGACGUGUCUUUGAACAAGGCCAUGAAGAAAGGUGAUCGGGUUAAUCUGGCCGUUGCAGUCAAUGAGUGGCUGAGUCGCCCCUCGAAUAAUCGGUGGUUACUCAUAUACGAUGGCUUCGACCUCCUCCUGAGCUUAGGCCCUGAUAGAGCCAAAGCCAUUAAUAGGAUCCUGCCACCAAGCAAGCAGGGGCAUAUUAUUCUUACCACGAGAGAUUAUGAUAUUGGGAUUGGUCAUCAAAUCCAAAUAAGGAAGCUGACAUCCAUCGAUGACAGCCUCAAUAUUCUGACUCGUGUGUGCGGACGACCAAAUCUACGAGACGACCCCUACACCAUAAGCUUGUUAGCCCAGCUAGAUGGACUGCCGCUCGCGAUAAUGUCUGCUGGGUCCUACCUCAAACAGAGUGUGAUAAGUUGCGGCGAGUAUCUCAACCUAUACAAAGAUUGUUGGCUGCAGUUGCAACAACUAGCGCCGCAACCGCAACCAUCUUCGCCGGAAGAAAAGUCACUGCAUACAACGUGGAAGGUUACCCUCAACCAGAUUAUGUUACAGCACAAGCAUGCUGCCUUACUCCUCAAGCAGUGGAUAGCCUAUGAUAGUAACGAUGUCUGGCAUGGCCUCUUCUACCACAGUUCCCGAUCCAAGUCAAUGUCUGACCUCUUAUUAUUCGAUACGGCAAUGGCUGUGCUGAGCCGUUAUGGGUGGGUCGAACCAGAGCCUGAACCAGCCGGAAACUCUCAAGAGGAUCGGGGCUACAGUCUUCAAAAGUGCAUUCAUGCCUGGCUUCAAUACGAGGACAGUUUCGUGCCGGACAUGAACCUGAUAACGCGGCUUGCAGUUGGGAAAAUCUGCAUGUACCAGUGGAAUAUGGUCACUGUCACCAACUCCAAGUUCUUCUCACGGAAACUCCCUGCUAGGAACCGCCUGCUCCCUCAUGCAGACCGAUGCCUUGAGAUAUAUCUUUCCGGUGGUAAAGAUGAACACAACCGGCUCUCUGACCUGAAGGGCCAAAUGCUUCUUGCCGGUCUAUAUAUGACGUGGAGUAUUCGGAUUUCCACCUUCUACACUUUCUAUCUUGAUUUCCUGUGCCUGCCAUAUGAGGAAAAGCAAUAUUUGACCAAAACAGAGGACCUCUGCUGCCUGAUAAUGGAUAAGCUCGAUAUGCAACACGAUAUACCAAACAGGGAAGUGCAAGAGAUGAUGUCCGAGCUGUACCUCAACCGCGGGGCCAUUCGAGUUCGCCACCAGCAGUUUUUAAUGGCUGCCAAAAUGCUUUUACUGUCCCUCCGAAACAGCAACUCAGAAUGCACGACGUCAGAUACCCGUGUCACGGAGAAUGUCGUGAGCAUACAACAGCGUCAGAGUAAUGCUCAGGCUGCUCAUAUCUUAUAUAUUAAGCUAACGGGUCUUCUGGAUCAACCAAUUCUUCUAAUUUCCAUUUGGGCACUUAUCCUGUAUAUUGUUUCUCGCCACGGAAGUUCUUUGAAGGACUCUUUGCUAGAUGUGCUGCUGCUUCUCGUGAAACCCAUGGCGUUUCUUCACUUGUUGAGAUCUCGAUGGAUGCAACGGUGGAAAACUUUGGUGCUGUGGCUUACUGGCCACGCUUGUUGCCAGGUGUAUUUUUCGGUGAUUCAGUCUACACGGAACUGGGCGGCAUUUACCUGCGGAACAUACGGGGAGGUAGCAUUUGCAUUGAUCAUGAUGCCGAUGUUCUUUCGUGAGGGAAUCUGUUAAAGCUAUUUAAUACCCUGUAAUCUAGUAGGCAAAUCUUCACAACAGGACAACAGUGAAAUGAUGUCUGACAAGUUCAAGAUUAGUAUCAUUCGAUAGCGCUAGAAACAAG